UUCGUCUUUCACCCAACCCUCUCCUGCUGUCCAGUCUGUCGCCUCUCUACUCGCUCCACAUGGUUGACUGAGUGACCGACCAGGGACUCUGGUGGAGUGAGUGUCCGUGUCCGGGACUGUGGAGGACUUUCCGGGAGAGUCAGGAUGGCGGUGAACUUUGCGGAGGUGCGGGGCCGGGUGAAGAAUGUGUGUGCGCAGAACGGGCUCCUCAUCCUGUCUGUGUUGGCUGUGGUCAUUGGCUGCAUGAUGGGCUUCCAUCUGCGGGGCAAGCAGCUCUCCGACCAGGAGGUGAAGUACUUCCAGUUUCCUGGAGAGCUCCUGAUGAGGAUGUUGAAGAUGCUCAUUCUGCCCCUCGUCGUCUCCAGUUUGAUGUCGGGGCUAGCAGCCUUGGAUGCCAAGUGUUCCAGCCGCCUGGGCAUCAUGACCGUCUCCUACUACCUGUGGACCACCUUUGUGGCGGUGGUGGUGGGCAUCCUCAUGGUUACCAUCAUCCACCCAGGGGGCGCCGCUCAGAAGGAGGACAACGAGGACAGCGGCAAGCCAAUCAUGAGCUCCGCUGAUGCCCUGCUUGAUCUGAUUCGAAACAUGUUCCCAGCCAACUUGGUCCAAGCAACUUUCCAACAGUACCGUACCAGGAGUAUCCCCAUCAUGAAGGCCCCCCCACCCACGGUGGCAACCUCCCUGAUGGAGAGCACCACCCGGAGGGUCUAUAUCUACGGUGUCCAGGACGACAACGGCACCGAUAUCCAGAACUUCUCCCUGGACUUGACACCUCCGCCUGACAUCCAGAUGCGCACACUGCCCGGGACCAGCGAUGGCAUGAACGUACUGGGGAUCGUCAUCUUUUCCGCCACCAUGGGUAUCAUGCUGGGAAGAAUGGGGCCUAAUGGCAGCGCCUUGGUCAACUUCUGUCAGAGUCUGAACGAGGCUGUCCUGAAGAUUGUCGCCAUAGUGAUCUGGUACUUCCCUUUCGGCAUUGUGUUCCUGGUCGCCGGUAAGAUCCUGGAGAUGGACGACCCAUCGGCCAUGGGGAAGAAGUUGGGGUUCUACGCUAUCACCGUGGUGAUGGGGCUGGUGCUGCACGGUCUCUUCAUCCUACCAGCCAUGUACUUCUUCAUCACAAAGAAGAGUCCCAUCGUCUACAUCAGGGGCAUCCUGCAGGCCCUGCUCAUCUCCCUGGCAACCUCGUCCAGCUCUGCCACACUGCCUAUAACCUUCAAGUGCCUCCUGGAGAACAACCACAUCGACCGACGCAUCAUCCGCUUCGUACUCCCCGUGGGCGCCACCAUCAACAUGGACGGGACGGCACUCUAUGAGGCAGUGGCGGCCAUCUUCAUCGCCCAGGUUAACAACUACGAGUUGGACUUUGGCCAGAUCAUCACUAUCAGUAUCACAGCCACAGCUGCCAGUAUUGGUGCAGCUGGAAUUCCGCAGGCAGGACUGGUCACCAUGGUGAUCGUGCUAACCUCAGUGGGCCUGCCCACUGAUGACAUCACACUCAUCAUUGCUGUGGAUUGGGCGUUAGACCGUUUCAGGACCAUGGUCAACGUGAUGGGAGACGCUUUGGCCACGGGGAUCAUGGCUCACAUCUGUAGAAAAGAUUUUGUCAAGGAGGGAGAGCAGGUGAGGGUACCUUUGAUCUGCGAGACCAAGCCCAUGAUCAGCAUCCAGCAGAUGGCGUACCAGAAGAAUGGUGUGUACCAGCCCCCUCCCUGCGGACCGGAGGGCCCGGACGUGGCUCGUCUGUUGCAGCUGGAGGAGGGGGUACGGCCGGAGCAGAGGAAGAGGAACCCCCUCGCUGCCCAACACAAGAGGGAGCACAAGGACAAGGACCACUGCUCCAUCGACAUGAAUGGCCUGGAGACCAACGUAUAGACAUAGUUAUCAUUGAGCUGCAUCCUGAUUCGUCACACUUCUCCCAAAGAGGGCAUUUGCACACUCCCCGUUGUGGAUCUAAUAAUGGUGGAUCUAACAACUCCCUCCAGCCAAUUCUUAGCCGACACCAAUCCUACGCUUUUAAAUCCAUGAUGAGAAGUGGGAAAAUGCAUACUUUGGAAAAAGUGUGGAGUAACUGAAUGGAGCCAAUAUCAUAGCUACAGGGGAGAGAGGGAGAGAGGAAGGACUGACUAACUGCACCGGGACGACCAACCCGACCCUUGCUGGCACAUUAUGGCCCACUGUGGGCCCACUGUGGAUGCAGUUCAGAGGAUGUGUAAAGAAAAUACGAUUUUCUACAUUACGUAUAUUACGACCCACUAUGAUUGUGUAUAUUUUUGUGUAUAUAUUUACAAGACUUAUUAUACUAUGCACCAGCAGCAGAGUGAUAUGGUGGGAGACUUUCUAUACUUUGAGACAUUCUAUAUUGAUGAGACUUUCUAUAAGAAGUGCAAACAUUCUAUUUAUUGAGGAGACAUUCUCUAUGAUGAGGAGACAUUUCAUACAAUGAGAAGACAUUUUACACAGUUUAUUAGGUACACCACCACGUUCAAUGGUUCGCUCCUACAGCCAGUAAAUCAUGUGGCCAUGGCUUGCUAUAUAAAGCAGGCAGACAGGCAUCGAGGCAUUCAGUUACUGUGACCUAAGCGACUGAGCGUAGUAUGAUUGUCGGUGCCAGGCACACCGGCUCCAGUAUCUCAGAAAUGGACAAACUCCUGGGCUUUUCACGCACAACAGUGUCUAGGGUUUACCGAGAAUGGUGCAACAAACAAAAAACAUCCAGUCAAUGGCAGGCAGUCCAAUGGACAAAAACAUCUUGUUGAUGAGAGGUCGAAGGAGAAUGGCAAGAAUCGUGCAAGCUAACAGGCGGGCCACCAACAGGCAAAUAACGGCGCAGUGCAACAGUGGUGUGCAGAACAGCAUCUUGUGAACGCACAACUCGUCAGUCCUUGCCACAGGUGGGCUGUUGCAGUAGACGAACACACCGGGUUCCACUCAUAUCAGCUAAAAACAAGAAGAGUCUCCAGUGGGCAUGCCAUCACCAACACUGGACAAUUGAGGAGUGGAAAAACAGUGUCUGGUCCGAUGAAUCCCGGUUCCUGUUGAGUCAUGCUGAUGGCCUAAGUCAGGAUUUGGCUUAUGCAAUCAUGAGUCCAAAUCAAAUCAAAUCACAUUUUAUUGGUCACAUACACGUGUUUAGCAGAUGUUAUUGCGGUUGUAGCGAAAUGCUUGUGCUUCUAGAUCCGACAGUGCAGUAACAUCUAACAAGUAAUAUCUAACAAUUACACAACACAUAUCCAAUGCACACAAAUCUAGUAAAGGAAUUAAGAAUAUAAAAAUGUAUGGACAAGCAAUGUCCAUGGCCCCAUCCUGCCUGGUGUCAAUUGUGCAAGCUGGUGGCGGUGGUAUAAUAGUGUGGGGAAUGUUUUCCCCACACACGUUAAGUCCCUUCAUACCAAUUGACCAACAUUUCCAUGCCCCGAAGAAUUCAGGCUGUUCUGGAGGCAAAGGUGGGUCUGACCCGGUCCUAGAUGGGUGUAGGGGUAAUGAAGAACUGUGGGAAACUUCAGAGAGGGCUUGGUGAUCUGUGGACCUGUGGAUGAUGACAGGACAUCUAAGCUUGAGCUUUGGCCUUCCAUCUUCACCUUAGUUAAUCAACGCCCCCCUCACAGUGGAUGUGUGAGUCUGUCCGUCUGUCGAGCUGAGAGGUGAAUGUGACGAACACUCUCCUUACAAUGCUUGUGGACUAUGGACAAAGAGGAAGUGUACAUUUACUUUUUUUUAAAGAUAUUAUAAACUAAAUGUUGCCUCUAAACCCCCCACAUGGGAUUACGGAUAUUUCAGGCUAAUUGGUUUCGGCUUAUAUACUAAGCAGGUUACUCUCACAAUCAUUGGAGGUUAUUUGUAAAACUUUACAGCUAAGGUAAAAUCUAGAAUCUGUUUUUUAAUCUCCACAUCUGAAACAAAAGGGAUACAUAGGCUAUCUAAACGUUUUAUAUCACUGAGAGACUGGUCGGUACAUUUACACUGGCUGUUAAGUUUUCUGAAGACCACUUUUAUUGAUAUCUAGAAUGGCUUUUCAAGACAUUCGUGUUCACAUUCAACAGAUCUACAGAACUCAAAUGCACUCUACUCUGCUCUUCCUCAGCAAACGGACCCAUAUUGCAUCUCUCUCACUGAUUUCAACCUUUUGAUACCUUUUCUCCUUAAAAUGUCCUUCCCAUUAUCUUCUUUGCCUUUUUAUCCCCUUAAACAAGGCAGUACACAACCGCCUCAUAUAUGGUGACUGGCAAGAUGGAAACAGUUGCUGUGUACCAAACAGCAUUCUAUUCUCUAUACAGCGUACUAUAUACGGUAGGGAAUAAGAUGCCGUUUGGGGGACACACAAUGACAGGGACAGGUAUGUGUAAGAGCCAUACUGCUCUGGGAGGUGUUAACCGUUGUUGAAACAUUUCUAGAGUGUCAAGUUCUUUGCACCCACCCUAGUCCCUCUUUGCCUUAAAGUACGAAGGAGAAGCAUGUGGGGAGAUAAUACAGUAUGGGUACACCACAAAACAUAUGGGGGUACACCUAAUACAUUCAAGGCAAGAGCAGCAAGCUGCAACAAAACAACCACAGGCCAUACUCUGAACUUCGCUUCAUCUGUACAUAUAUUUAUUUUAAAAGUGAAAAAUAAUUUGCAGUUUGUAUAAACAUACAGUAUCACUCAACUUGUUAUGAAAUGAACAAUUAUUAAAUUGUUUCAUCUAGUCCAAUUGCACUAGAUGUUUUUCUGUAUAAAAUAAGGGAAAAAAUGAAAAUAUAUUGUA